ACUCGAGUUGACAUCAACGUUGCUCUCCCUUACUUUCAUACUUUGGAAAACUGCGGUGACGAGAAAUAGAGGGAAGGAAAGAGAAAAACCAAAGGCAUUGGUCUGGAAGGAAAACAACGAACAGUGGAUAACUAGAUUAUGAAUUAGAGAAAAGUCAUUCUCAUGUAUGAGUUGUUACAAUGUCAUGAUCUCGGUGAAUGUCUGCACAUCUUCUCUAAAUGAGUUGACUUAUGUUUGGUUAGUCGCAGCCUUUGGAUUCCCAGGAAACAAGUGUCGGAUCCGCUCUCGAUCUGAGAUUAUAAUGCAACAGACAAUUGCCCUCUAUAAUUAGAGACAGUUUGCUACUCUUGUAAGUAGUCUGUGUAUACUAGCAAAUGAGGAAUGACUCAGUAAUACAGAGAGCAUGCAUCUACACCUUUCAGAUGAAGUAACACUUUAGUUACAUUGUUGAAGUCUUGCAUCACCGACAGUCAGUAGAGUCACUGGGCGGAAGUGCUGGAUCAUUCAACGUCAGAAGUCCGUGGUGUUAACAGCGGCUGUGGAUCCCGCCGAUGAUAGAAACCUCUUUGGAUGCCGUCUCAACGAUGCAAAUGCUGCGGCGUGAUUCUAGCACCAUGCACCGCACUCUUGCACGUGCGAAAGAAGCUGGAUGCCUUGGGUACUGCCUGCAGGGCACUCUGAGUGUAUUCAUGAGUUCUUCUAGUGUACACGAAUCACCAUGCACGCCUGUCUGUGUAUGAACCAGAUAAACGGAUGAGGAACAUGCAGCUGCAGCUUUGUUCGCAGUGAAUAAUCGAUUAAUAAUGCAUGAUGCAGGAAAUACCUACUCAAUUAAUUAUUAGAGACCAGAGAUUGUCAUAUUACGAAGGCAUCAUCUCUUAGUCAAUACAAGAAUCAGAAUACAGGGCCGACACGACGGCAAACCGACCAGCAUUGUUACAGUAGAUGCGAGAAGUUAAUAUAUAUCCGGGACCUUCGAUCUAAUUAGACGAGUGCGCUAGUCGCUGGCUUGUUCUCUCUUUUUGACACUGGUAGGUAAUGCAGAAGUAUGAAAAGCUAGAGAAGGUGGGAGAGGGAACGUAUGGGACUGUAUUUAAAGCAAAACACAAAGAAACGAAAGAGAUAGUGGCUUUGAAACGCGUCAGACUCGACGACGAAGAUGAAGGCGUGCCCAGCUCGGCUCUGCGUGAAAUAUGCCUUCUCAAGGAGCUCAAACACAAGAACAUUGUUCGUCUGUAUGAUGUCCUGCAUAGCGAUCGCAGGCUGACGAUGGUUUUCGAGUUCUGUGAUCAAGAUUUGAAGAAAUACUUUGACAGCUGCAAGGGAAAGGUCGAUAGCAAUACUGUCAAGUCGUUUAUGUUCCAUCUCUUACAAGGUCUACAAUUCUGCCACAGUCACAAUGUACUCCAUAGAGAUUUGAAACCGCAGAAUUUGCUUAUUAGCAAGAGUGGAGAGUUGAAGUUGGCAGACUUUGGAUUAGCCAGAGCCUUUGGUCUUCCCAAGGAACGUUUCUCGGCUGAGGUGGUGACUCUCUGGUACCGUCCGCCUGACGUGUUGAUGGGAGCUAAGAUGUAUGAUACUUCAAUUGACAUGUGGUCUGCUGGUUGCAUAUUUGCAGAGAUGGCAAAUGGUGGUCGACCUUUACUGCCUGGGUCUGAUGUCGAUGACCAGCUUCGACGCAUAUUUAAACUGUUGGGAACUCCUAAUGAGCUUACAUGGCCAGACAUGAAAAAGAUGCCCGAGUACAGGGAUUUUCCUGCAUUCUCUGCUAUACCGUUGGCAUCUGUGACACCAACACUGAGUUCUUCUGGUCGAGAAUUACUGCAGAACCUCUUAGUCUGUGCUCCUAGUCGUCGAAUGUGUGCUGAAAAAGCGAUGCAGCACUGCUACUUUGAUGACAUUGACCCAAGUAUAAGAGUGUGAGUGAAGAGUUGGAGCAAUGGAUGAGAAAUAACUGUAUGUAUAUCAGUUGAAAUAUUACUACUGGAUUUUAGAAGAUUUUAAGGAGCGGAAAACUUAAUAAGUUAGGAUGUAGAUAUUUAAUUGAUAAAAUUAAAAUUCUAGACCAACUGUUUACUGAAAUUUCCUUUGUAUCACUAAAAUGGCAGCAGAACUGAAAUGCUUUGUUGGUAAAUCUUGUUGCGCUGCUUAGUUGGACAUAAUCAGAUAUCAUGUCACCAUGUAACAAAUUGCUUGAUUCUGGGCUAGAGCAAAGGAAAAUUUUCUUUUAUCACAAUGUGUAGCACAAAAUUAGAAACAGAAGUGAGUGAGUAAAAUGUAUGAGUAAGAGGGUGUGUGUUGAACUGUGAAGAAAUAGCUUAGAUAUCAGUAUACUUGGUUCUGAUGUUGAAACUUUUUCUGCUUUGUGCAGACUAUGUGUUACAGGAUGAUUACUAUUCACUCUAUGACUAAAUGUCAUUAGAGUAUGACCUGUGAAGACAAAGCUUGAAAUAACUGGCUUUGCAAUUGCUUUGUCCAACUGGAAUUGCAAUUGUAUGCAUAUGCAUGACCUUAGGACAAAACACGAAUUACUUGAAGCCUCAAGGGUUUGCAAAAGUACAUAAACAUCUUAUCAUUUUAGGUUUUUGUAUUAAUUAAGUCAGCAUAAAACAGCCAUUAUUGAUGACCACACGCCUAGACAUUUCAGCUAGAGGAGUAUGGCAGCAUUCCCAACGUGCAUUUUUUGAUGUAAGGGUUUUCUACCCGAACGUGCGUUCAAACAUGCAAUCUACUUCUCUGGCAUCAGCCUACAAAACCCAUGAAAAUGAGAACAGGAAUAUGGCAAACGUGUGAGGGAGAUAGAGAAUGCAACUUCCACAUCCCUAGUUUUUGCAGCAACUGGUGGAAUGGGGAAAGAAGCGUCAAUUUUUUUACAAGAGAAUAGCUGAAUUACUAUCAAUCAAAACAAAGAAAACCUACACUGAGACCAUAAGCAUCAUCAGGUGCCGUCUAUCGUUCAGUCUGAUCUGUUCAGCAAUUUUAUGCAUCCGAGGUAGCAGGUCGGCAAAGCACAGGCCCUUCCGUGGAGAAGAAAUUGACAUCAGCAGUGAGGUUCGUCUCACUGAGUAAACUGAUUUAUGAUAGAGUAGCAAGUUUCUGAGUUUUUUUAGAGUUUCUGUGAUUGCUGUAUUAUUGACAUGGACAAUAUUUAAAAAUAUAUUGAGGUAUGAAUCUUCAAAAAAAAUUAAAAAUUGAUGACUUUGUACUAGUGGUCAUUUAGUAUUAACUAACAAUUUUGUUGACAUUGCUGCUCUCAGUAAACAUGCUGUCAUCAAUGUGCUUGCUAGCUUGUGAUGAAUGCUGUACAUGGUAUUGAGUUGUGUCUUUUUGCUGUUACUUAUUGUGUGACCUUUAUAUUGUAUUAUAGUGGAGAUCAGGACUUGGUGUGUCUUGCCAGUUGAUUGUUUGGUAAAAUAGUUAUGCAAUAUUUGAUUUGUUACAUAAUAUAAUAUCUAUAUGAAAUGUUUAGAAUGUCAUAACACUCUGUGUGCUGUUCCUUAGGGGUAAAUA